AUACUUCUAACCUCACAAGUAAGGCGAUUGUUGGGUAACUACGCUGCUGAAAUGUUAAUUUUCAAUUUCCGACAAAUUGUGACUCGUGCGAGGUGGCUACUUCCUUCGACCGUGUACCGCGAUGGGAAACUGCUACAUACACGCUGCUAUGGUAGCCAGGCAAAGAUCAACAAAGACACAAUCGACCUGUACCGGCAGCAGUAUAUUCGUGACUCAUGGACGAACCUAACGCCAAAAGUUUUGUCCCAUCUGGACCGAAACCUCCAUCUGCAGCGAAACCAUCCUCUAUCGAUUGUGCGGGAAAAGAUCGUGAAAUACUUUUACGGUGCUUACUUAAGUCCACGGGGAAACCCAUUAUUUAGUGUGUACGACAACCUAAGUCCGGUGGUGUGUGUCGAGCAAAACUUUGACCAGUUGCUGAUUCCGCAGGACCAUCCGAGCCGGGCCAAGAGUGACUGUUACUAUGUGAAUAAAGAUUAUCUGCUGCGUGCGCAUACCACCGCACAUCAGGUCGAGCUGAUCCAGGCCGGGUUGGACAAUUUUCUUGUCGUCGGUGAUGUGUACCGUCGUGAUGAGAUCGACGCAACGCACUACCCGGUAUUUCACCAGCUAGAUGCCGUCCGUAUCGUGCACCAGGACAAGCUGUUUGAACGCAACCCAGAGUUAAAAGUUCACGAAACGCACUACAAAACACAUCUGUCAAACGGAAACCCGACGACAGGCACUGGUAGCCCUUUGGCGGACUGCAUCGACCAGCACAAACAGCCAUGCCAUACGCUCGAAGCGGUGAAGCUUUGCGAGCAUGAGAUGAAAAAGGUUUUGGUGGGGCUCGUCCAGAAGCUGUUCGGCGAGAGCAUCAAGUACCGCUGGGUGGACGCAUACUUUCCCUUUACGCAGCCUUCAUGGGAGUUGGAAAUAUUUUUCAACGGUAACUGGCUUGAGAUACUCGGUUGUGGCAUUACGCGGAAUGAAAUUCUCGAUCGUGCUGGAGUGCAGAACUCGAUUGCGUUUGCGUUCGGAGUAGGGUUGGAGCGUUUGGCGAUGAUUCUGUUCGACAUACCGGACAUACGACUGUUUUGGAGCAAGGAUAGUGGCUUCCUGAAUCAGUUUCGGGACGAUCGAAUCGUGAAGUAUAAGCCGAUCUCGUCCUACCCGCAGUGCAGCAACGAUUUAUCGUUUUGGUUACCGGAAGGUAUGUCUGCUGAACAAUUUGCUCUAAACGAUUUCUACGACAUAGUGCGAAGCGUCGGUGGUGACAUUGUUGAACAGGUCACGUUAAUAGAUCGCUUUACUCAUCCAAAAACGGGCAAGAGCAGUCUAUGCUUUCGCAUCGUCUAUCGUCACAUGGAGCGAACAUUGACACAGGCGGAGGUGAACGUAGUGCAUGCCAAGAUUGGCUCAGAACUGGUUGAAACUUACCAUGUUAGCAUACGAUAA